AUGACUUCAUCAAAUACCUAUGUUUUUUCCCUGAUGAAUGUCUGGUGCAAUGAUCCAAGUAUUAGACUCAAAAAUAGUGACUUUGGUAAGAUAGCUAAUUCUGUUUCAUAUUUCCACAAUUACAACUGCCGAUAUGGAACUUAUUUUCAUGCAAACUCGACAGCUUUUAAGAGUAUAAAUGCUGUGUUUUAUGACGAAAAUUCGACAAGCGUUCCAUAUGGUGUUGUUAGCGAAGACAUUUUUAGUUUUAAUGAAAAUGAUGAUUUAAAAAUCUCAAGUUUUACAUUUGGGUACAUUUAUAAUGAUCCAGGAAUCAAUGAAUCUUAUCCAAGUUCUGGUCAGUUUGGUUUAUUGGAUAAUCAAAAUAAUUCAUUUUGGAAUAGAUUGGAAGAUGAAAGUCUUAUUAAAAGAAAAGUUCUAUCAUAUGGAAGUCAUUUUCAAGAAAUUGUUCAAGACAAUAAUAGUUUCAAAAAUUUAAGUAAAAAUAAGAUAUUGAUAGGUGCUUACGAUAAAAAUAAAUUUCAGGAAGAUCUUCUAACAACUUUGCCAAUGGAAAAAAGAUUGUAUUCUCAGUUUCCAAAAUCUAUUUUUAAAAAAUUUAUUUCAAAUGAAUACACUAAUUAUUGUGUUAAUAAUGUCACUUCCAAGAAUGAAAGAAAAAAAUGCAUAAACAGUGUCUUGGAUGGAUAUGUAUCAUUUAAUUUUUCUGGAUAUAUUUUAGAUAUACCAAUGUCAGAGUUUUUCUAUUCUAAAUACUCUACAUCGUUAGAAAGAGAAAUAACACAUAAUACAUCAUUUAUUGAUGAAUCAACUGACAACUUUUUUGUUUUAAGAUCAUUGUUUCUUUCCAAUUUAUAUUUAAGCAUUGAUUUCAAUUAUAAUACCAUAUCAUUAGGAAGGUCCUAUAAAAAUGUUGAUUUAAAUAGUACUACUGAAGACAUUCAAAUUAUUAGUGAAGAUUCUUCUCUUUUGCCUUCAGCAACUUAUGCUAAAUAUUACACAGACUCAUUUUACUCAACUGAAACCGUUAUAACUAUUGUUCAAUCAGCAUACACAGGAACCUCGGUUCUAACAAUAAAUGGAACAUUGACAACAAAAACACUUUCAUCCAAAAGAUAUAAAGAAACUAUUUCUGAGACUUUUUAUUCAUCUCAAGACCUCAGCAGUUUUAUAGAAAAAUAUAAAACACUAACUCUCAAUUCUAGUGUUUAUGCAGGUUUUGAAGAUUCAAAAAUCAGUUCUUCAAAAUCAUCAAGAUUAAGGGCUAGUAUAGUGAAUACAUUUCUUUACAUUAUUUUAGGGUCUUCUAUUUCGUUUUUAGCUUUGCUUUAG